CAACUUCGACCCUCUCUAUGGCUUAUAUCCUACUUUUAAUAUUGUAUUGAUUAGACAUUCUAAAAUCAAGUUUGCUCACCAAUUUGUUUCCAUAUUCAAAGAAUACAUUUAUUAUGCUAGCUAAAAUUCAUAAGUUAUUUCCGAGAUUUUCUUGUUUUUGAAACUUUGAUAUUUCCAAAAUUUUAUUGAAAGAGGAUUUGUUCCCAAUAGUUAUAAGAUAUUUUUUUUUAAAUAACUUGUUUAAGAAAUCAUAUACGAAAUCAUAACAAAAUAAUAUUUGACCAAAAAAUAAAAAUAAUAUAUGAGUUCCAAACAAAUAUUUCUACCAGAAAUUUGUAUUUAAAUUUUGAUAAGACAUCUUUUAUCGGAAACUAUAAGGUCUAUUAUGAAAAUAGUAAAAUGAAAAGGUCAAAUCUCUACUAAAUUUUGCUUGCCUCUUUAAAGAGGCAAAGUUGCCACAUGGAACCUUUGACAGCAUUCUGAAUAUCUGAUUCCUGAACUUUGCAUGUUUCUUCUGGCGUGUCUAUUAAAUUUAGAACUUAGAAGAAACAUAACGGGUUGUUUUAUCCUAACAUUUUAUUAUGAAUAAUCUUGUUUUCAGUGCCGUGCCUACCAUUCGAGGAGCCUAAAUCAAGAAUAACUCUUUACAAAAAUAAAAAUAAAAUAAUUAUAGAAAGGUUAAAAUAUUAGCAGAAAAAAAUUCAUUUUCUAUAAUUAUUUUUUUGAUUUUUGGUGUUUAAAAAUACUAUUAUAAGUAUUAAUUAUCAUAUUUUUUUUUGUUUUAUACUGAACUUUCAGAUUUUAAGUAUAUUUUGUAAAUUUCUCAAUCAUACUGUAACUCAUAUAAAUCAUAUAACUAUAUUUAUAAAAAUAUAAACUAAAUUUUAAAUUAAUGAGUUAAGAACAAAAUGCAGAAAAACAUAAGAAUGCAUACAACAAAAUCGAUAAAUGAAAUCUAAGAAUUUUUUUUGUAAAGAUUGUAAAAAAACAUAUAUUUAUAUGAAAUAUAUACAUGAACAUAAUCACUUCUAACAAUAUUUCAUAAAAUUUGUAGUUAUGCAUUCCAUAAAAACCUAAAUGAAUGUAUAUUUAGUAAAAAUGAGGUUCUAAAUUUUAAAUGGAAAAUGAAAACUAAAGGUAGUUGCCUUUUUCCAACAACGGUGAGCACGGUUCUGCUUGGUUUUGCUUUUGUUGUUUUCGGGUCAAUGUAAAUUUAUUUAUACUUUUCUUUCAGAAAUAGAGCGAGUGGCUUCUUUACUUAUACUAAUUUCAUCAGUUUUUCUGAAGGAGAAAUAUACAUCAAAUUUACUAAAAGUAAUGGCAAAUUAACUAUUUUGAAUAUUUUGAAACGCCAAGUUGUAUUCUCUUCUAGGCCUACACGUUUUGCAUGCAUGCAUGCGUUACUCAUUUUCUUUUCACCGAAAAGCACGUAUUAUCUUCCAACUUCCAAUACAAAUUGUCGUUAGUAAAACGUGUCCAAUGAACCCUUAUUCUUUUGGGGUCCAAGUUCAGUUUCACUUUUUGAGUUGUCAAAAAUUUACAGUUAUAUUUUCUUUUAUUCGCAUUUUAUAAUAUUUUCCAGUUUAAUUAUCAAGAACAGUUUAAUACUUUUAUAUUACACAAUACGUUUUUAGAGAUAAUGAUUAACCAGACUAAGAAAAAUGGUAAUGGUGCAUUAUCUUAAUUAGGAUUUAACUAUAUAUAACCCCCCACGAAAUGGAAUCAGAAAUACAAACACACCGAAAAAAAGUAACCAAUAAUAUUAUUAGUUUUAGACCAAAAAAUAAUAUUAUUACUUAUAUUAAAAAUGGAGAACAAAGGGAAGAACAUCGAACAAGCUCAAGCAAGUUGUUAUCAACAGUGGAUGAGUAUACAAUCCCAACGCGUCCCUGAGCUUAAACAAGCCUUAGCUCAACGGCGCACUCACGAAGGCACGGCCGACGCUGCCGCCGAUGAUAACAAGCUCCGUGAAUUAACACAAAACAUCAUUGGAGAUUUCAAAAAUUACGCUGGAAAAAGAGCUGAUUUAUCUCACCGAUGUAGCUCGAGCUAUUAUGCGCCGUCGUGGAACACUCCUUUAGAGAACGCUCUUAUUUGGAUGGGUGGUUGUAGACCUUCUUCUUUCUUUAGGCUCGUUUAUGCUUUGUGUGGGUCCCAAACCGAGAUUCGUGUUACUCAGUUUCUCCGUAACAUCGACGGCUACGAUUAUUCAGGUAGUGGUGGCGCAUCACUCAGCGAUCUAACGGCGGAGCAACUAGCAAAGAUCAACGUGUUGCAUGUAAAAAUCAUAGACGAAGAAGAGAAGAUGACAAAGAAAGUUUCGAGCCUGCAAGAAGACGCGGCGGAUAUCCCCAUCUCCACCGUGGCUUACGCAGAGGAGCACGUGGGAGAGCCUAACGCAAUGGUGGAUCAAGCUCUCGACAAGCAAGAAGAAGCUAUGGCCACUUUAUUGGCCGAGGCCGAUAAUCUGAGGGUAGAUACUUUGGCCAAAAUCAUAGAGAUUCUGACGCCAGUGCAAGCGGGGGAUUUUUUGAUGGCCGGAAAAAAGCUUCAUCUUUCAAUGCAUCACUGGGGAGCGUUAAGAGAUCGGCGCCGUUGUGAAUGCAUAAUUGACGCUGGAAACGAUGGCGGGGGAGAGGACGAGAAGUAGUCGUCUCUAUAGUAGAUAUGGUAUUAUAUUAUAGGUACGUACGUGUCAAAUAUGAGAUCGCAUAAUAACAAGAUUUCAUAAUCUUGCAAUUAUAAGGUUUCUUUUUUUUUUUUAACACAUGCAAUUAUAAGGUUUCAUGACAUAGUUUAGGGAUAUAUAAUCCUUAUAUGUUAGUUUUAUUUUCCCAAAACUUAUCUCAUCAUUGUGCAAUGCGUUUGGAUUAUAUUAAUAAUAGUUUUUUAAUAAUAUUUUUUUUUAGUUUUAGUUUUACAAUAUAUAUAUAUAUAUAUAUAUAUAUAUAUAUAUAUACUUAAUGGAAUUAGGUAAGGAUAUUUAUAAAUAAAUUAUUAUCUACUUAUUACUUCGUUGCAAACUACAAUAGUUUUUUACAGAAUAACAUUAUAAGCAGAUGUUUGCAGUAUGUAAUAAGACACAUGCAAAUUUCAAUAAUUAGAUGUUUGCAGUAUCACAAUACUAAAAGAAGAAUACUCUGAGUGUUUAGGGUAUCCACGUGUCAAAAUAAAUCAACCUAUCACGAGUUCACACUUCAUCAGAGUCUCCACGUCAACUAGCUGCCUUCUUUCUUUCUCUCACGCCUCCCCUGACAACCUGAACGUCGCAUGUUACGAAACUUCGGUCUUCUCCACCUUUCACUAUCUCCCUCCUCCAUAACUCCUCAAAUCCUUUUUUUUUAAUUCCUCUGUUAUGACUGCAGCACUAUAUAAUCCGAUGUCAACUUCUAGCUACGGCAAAUCUAAAUGUUUCUUCCUCUUUCUGUUAUUAUCCUUCAUCUUCUUUGCCUCAUCGCCUCCUUCUCAUCAAGUAAGGAGCUUCAGAUAUUUGACGCUCUACCUCUAUGGAACGGAUCAGAUUAGGAGAAGAAAGUUCUCUAAGAGCAAGGUCCUGCCUCAGAAACUUAACAGAUAGAUCUCUUAUUCUGAAGGGAAGCACAAACCAUUCACUGGAUGAAGUUUCACAAUUUGCAGAUCAAGUUUCUCUCUACUCCGAGUGCACCGAAUACUGGUAAAUAUAGUAUGUUAAACUCACGCCUGCCUAAGUUAUGAUAAUAAGUAUGAACAUCAUUUUCCAAUCUUUCCAGUUAUCAAAUCAAAAUGGAAACGUCGCUGAUAGCAGAAAAACAUGUUCACUGGGAUAAUGUGGUAAUUGAGAUUGAAGAAAAUUUCAUGAGAAUUAGUUACAUGCAGCAGUAGAUCUCUCACUCACCAGGAUUCUGAGCUUAUAAGGAGAAUACAAGUACCUAACUCAAAGAGAACUUUGAGAAAAUGUGGUUGUUGUUCCAUAUGGUGCUUCAAGAAGCCGACAUCGGAUUAGAUUUGAAUUGGCUGCAGCAUCAGGAGCCUUCAUAUAUUAUACUAUGAUGUUAAGUUCAUAUUUUUUACUUUUACGUAACUUUUUGAAGAAGCCUUUAACAUUUGUUUCGAAGCAGGAAUCUUCAAAGAUAACUUUCAAGAGUCAGUUGAAAUCACAAGAAAUUGGGACGAGAUAAAGACAUAGACAUGAUGAUGACUGACCUCGUGCAAGGGAGAAGAGCAGGGACAGAGAUGAUAAGAAAACAAAGGGACUUUCAAAUCCAGAAUACAUGAUGAUUGAACUAAAUCUCAGCCUCAAGCUUCAGGGAAGAGAGAGGGGGAGGGGACAAAAAAAGCUCUGGUGGGCAAUAAAUGCGUCAAGAAAAUCUUAUGGUUUCUUGGAAGAAUGAUUUUGUUUGUUGGGCAUUUGUAGUAUUCUCAGGGAAUCUUCUGGUUCCGGUCUUCUCUCCACCUCAAAUACAAAAGCAGUCAGCACAUGUUUGCAGCGUUAGGACGGAAAUCGGUGAAGAAGAUAGUAAAUGAAAGUUGUAACAAAUGAGUUAUGACGCGCUAAACUAACAGUAGGAAUAUUCGUAGCUGCAUUUCUUACGGUGUCAUCAACAAUGGUGAUAACGGCUGGAACUCUUAUCCUUUCAGGUCUCUGAUAAGCUGUAAAUACUCAUCAGUUGCUUAUGUGGAAGGAGAGAUGAGAGAAGCAAAGAAUUGAAGAGAAAGAGACGGUUUGACAGUUAUGGGAAGCGAUGGUAUAACUAUAAAUAAAGAGAUAAGAGUGAAAGAGAUCUUCAUCGAUCUAUUAUCUCAUAAGUUUUAAUUGAUAAAUCAUUUUCUGAGAAAGUGAUAUGUUGAGGAGAGAGUCACUUGAGAUAAAUUGUAUUAUGUGUUAUGGAUCAAUCGAGAGUUGGUUCGUAACAGUCUCUACUUAACAAAUUUUUUUUGUUUGUUUUGGAACUGGUUGUCGGCCAAAUCUGCAUUGUCCAAGGCUUACGAAUGGAAAAACUCUAAACACAAUAAACAAAUGUGCCUCUCCUAACAGUACUGGUGUUGCGAGUUCCAAAUGUCAAUACUCCUAUCUUUCACACAAAUAAGACUGAUUCGUCACUUCUGGCUACAAUUAUAUAUAUCCUAUGCAAACUUUGAACAAGGAUAGAAAUUAACGCCCUACAAACUUUCAGUUUUGAAUUAUUACCUAUACACUAUCUAGCCCUUGAGUAAUUUGCCAAUAAUGAUUUCAAGAAUUUUAAUCAUGUUUUUCUUCCUCCCAACAAGCUAGGCAUUUCGAAUCGUACUAUGACCAGUUUCACAAAUGCAUCACAUCCGUCUUCUCGAAGUGGACUUUUAUUCAAACGUCACCGUGCUAUCACAUACGAGUUCUUGGAGGUUUGUUUUCAAAAGUUUAACAUGUGUGUUAUAGGUUUCUACGCCGUUACUUUUCUGAUUUUAUGAUAAAGAGGUUUAAGACAGAAUUUUUACAUAAACUUUGGUUAUGAUCUGGUAUCUAUAUCUAUUUAUUUCAACUGUUUAUGCACCUCCCUACAGGGAAUCACCAACUGUUCCAAAACAAACAAACAAAAAUUAACUAUAUGAUUUCGCUACAUAUUUCUACCCAGAAAAAAAGUAAUAUCUUAAAACAUGAAAGGUUGUUAUUGCAAAAAUCAAACAGAUUUAUUAGUUUGAUUGGAUUUAUUGUUUUCAAAGUGUAACAUAUCUUAAUAUAGAAUAAAUACUUUAAAAAUACACUAGAUCAAGAUGAGAUGGUCAACAUUUACAAAAAAACAAGUGAAAAAAGAUGACUGAGAAACUAUAUUUUUGACAUGUCACCUCCUCUAUUAGUUUUUUACAAAAUGAUCCUUUAACCUUUUACUUAAACAAUUAUAACUGAAAAUAUUUUUUUUGUGAAAUAUAUUAUUUAUAUAAAUAUAAUUAUAUUUUUUUACGUAAUAGUUUGUAAAGAAAUAUUUAGUGUGAAAAAUAUCAUAAUUUUAUAAAAUACUAAAAUAAAUUGGGCUGGUUUUCAACUUUCACAAAUAAAAAAUAUUAUUUGUAAACUUAGAAAAGAAUAUAUCAAGAAUAUUCUUUUUAGGAGAGAAAAUAGAAAAAUACAUCGGAGACAAAUCCAUCUUUAUUAUGAAAUUCCUUUAUUUUAGAGAAAAAAAUAGAGGAAUACAUUGGAGAUGGUCUAAGGCAUGACCGACGUUGAGAUUUCAACUUUUCUGAUUCUUAAUAUUCUAAUGUUUCAAUAUAAUUUGAAUAUUCUCUUUGUUUUAUAAUAUAAUGGUUUAAAAGUAUUUUUUUUGUUUCACUAUAUAAAUUGUUUUUAUAUUUCAAUGUAACUUUAUAUUUAUUGGAUAUUGUUUGGCCAAUUAAAUUAUAUAAAUUACUGUGUAAUUGAUUAAAUUUAUAUAUUAAAUGACAGUUUUCUAAAGUAAUAACUUUUAAAUAUUACAGAUUUUAAUUAAAACUGAUUACAUUUUGAAACAGAUAAAGUAAUCUAUAAACUAACUCUAUAUAGAUAUAAGGACAAAAUUGUAAAGUGGUCUCAUAUUGAAUUUCUCUCAUUAUGUGCAUUCCUAAUUUUUUUUUCCUUAAAUGCAUUCAUAAUUGAAAGGAGAUAAUCAACAUCUAAUAUUAUAUUACUCUCAGUAUAUUAGAAAUGGUCGAACCGUAAACCAAUUAAGGAUGAUGUAAGAAAUACAUAAAGAUGUAUUUCCAGUUAUCACAAUAUAGAAUCAAUUGACAACAACUUAAUUAUGUCCAGCAUAGGACAACACAUAAGAGUUCCAUACCUUUUAAUAUUAUAAUAUCUCACUAUAUUAGUGGCUAAAUCCGUUUUUUUCUAGCGCAAAUACUCACUCAAUUCUUGGAGUUUAAGCUUUUCUAUCUGAUGAUAUUAGUAGUUUGAUCCAAAAAAAAAGAAACAGUCGAACUGUAUAUUGUAAUUGGAGAAAGAAAAGAAACAAAAAUCAACCAAAUACUUUUAAAGUAUAUAAAACAAAAAUUAGAAAUAGCAAUUCUCUGCAAU